AUGGCCAUCACAAUACGGUUAGCGACAAUCGACGACUUGCAGGCAAUGCAGAAUGCCAAUUUAAACAACCUACCCGAGAAUUACACACUUAAAUACUAUCUUUAUCACCUGCUUUCUUGGCCUCAAGCGUCUUUUGUUGCUACAACUACAGAUCCAGAGAUUGUUGAUCAGGAUGAAAAACCAGCAACCAGUCAGAAGCAGGAUCCACAAUAUGUCGCCAAGGGUGAAAAAGUCGUUGGAUAUGUUUUGGGAAAGAUGAAUGAUGAUAUGGACAGCACAGAUAAAACACCUCAUGGUCAUGUGACGUCUCUUUCUGUGAUAAGAACUUACAGAAGAAUGGGAAUUGCAGAUAAAUUGAUGCGUCAAUGCUUGUACGCAUUAUGUGAAACUUACAAGGCAAGAUACGUGUCUUUACAUGUGAGGGAGUCAAAUAGAGCUGCUCUUCACUUGUAUAAAGAUACUUUAAAGUUUGAAGUUCUUAAAAUUGAGAAGUCAUACUAUCAGGACGGUGAAGAUGCUUACUAUAUGAAGUUGGACUUGGAUCUCGAGAAAUUGCUACCAAGCAGAGCUCACGCGACAGUCGAAGAUGAUUUAAAAUCAGAUCUUCUAGAAGAAAUAGCAGCGGACACGAUAAAUACUUUGUGA